CAGACCCCAGUUACACAAACCCUGAAUCUGUUGAGUGAAACUACUUCCAAGUUUUGUCUCUACGAGUUUUGUCUCGACAAUAUUGCACUGUGACUAUUUAGUUGUAUCUUUGUGAUAACUAAUGGAUUCACGCAAAACCUUCAACACCUUCCUGCAACAGCAGAAGAAAAACAACUUCAACAAUGGCAUUGAUCCAUCUGAAAGAUGUAGCCAUCAGUCCAGAAUUGUGGACGUUGAAAGGGCUCAGAGAGCUGAGAGGGCAGCACUACUUCACUCCGCAGAGAGGCUUUACACUUCACAGCAAGCCCAGAAGAAUGCUAUUCUGGAGAGACUGAGGCUCUCCACCCAGCAAGGCAUCAUCCCCUCACCUCACCCCCCAGCAUCUCCAAGAUGGAGCCCUGAAUCCUCUCUGGAAAGAGGGAGGAUCAGGCCCAUUGGCAAUGUAUCUCUUAUGAAUUUGGAGGAGAAGAACUCCAGCAGGACAUCCAGCACCAACCACCUGCUGGACGAAGAGGACCCCUUUUUUGAGAAGAAGCUGCGUCUAGGCAGUCAGAUGGCAGUAUUCGGCUGCAGGCUGACUAAGGCAAAAGCCAAAAACACAAGCCCAAGUCCUGAUGGCUCUAUGAGCUCCGUAGACUCCCUCAGCACUGUGGAUACACACACUCCAAGUGAGCUAAGGGCCAUUUCACAGUUGGCGUCGCCCCUCACCCUGUCUCCACCCCAGACAGCAGCAAAGACAAAAAAAUCCUGUCUCCCAGUCAGAACACGCAAGGAGGUAGCUGGUGGAUGCCCGCUCCAAUCAGCUACAAACAAGGUAACAAAGAUUGUGGAGAGGCUGGAGCAAUUUCAGUUUGUCCCCCGUCCACCAUAUCAGCCUGCAGCACCUCCCAGAAAGACAACUUUUGCUCCGACACCACCAUCGGUGGCUGCCCCAAGCAAAGCAAGAGGACCCAAACGUGUGAUGAACCUUCGUCCUCCAAAGGCUGACUGCAGACAGGUUAGGGAUGACCUCAAGCCUUUGGCCAAACCUUCAGAGAGCCUGUCCCUCUGUUUCAGGCAGCUCGCCUCAGCGGACUGGGAGAAGAAAAUGGAUGGGUUUAAAACAGUUCGAACUCUGGCAAGACACCACCCAGAGCUACUGAAGCCCAAAUUACAUGAAAUCUGCCUGAUCCUAGAAGAAGAGGUGAAAAACCUGCGCUCAUGUGUGGCCUGUGCUGCUAUGGAAAGCAUAGGAGACCUCCAUCUUCACCUCUGUAAGGCCAUGGAUCCCGAAGCAGAAAGGACAGGCCGUGCCCUGCUGCUGAAACUGGCGCAGACCACCAGCACCUUCAUUCACCAGAAGGCCAACCUCGCCCUGGACGCACUCGUGGAGGGCUGCAGUCCUAACAGAGUUGUGACAGCUCUACUCAACGCAGGGUUGAGCCACCGUUGUGCUGCAGUGAGGGCAAGCACUGCACAGCACCUCCACCAGCUUGUCAGAAUCCUUGGUGAGGAUCAGACCUUAACAGCAGGGAAGAUCUUUGCCGAACGUCUCGUUGCCGCUGUUGCCAAGAUGUCUGUGGACGCUGCACCAGAAGUCAGGCUCCAUGGACAAAUGAUGCUCGAGGGACUUGCCCACCAGAGGGACUUUAUGGUCCUGUGGGAUAAGGUCAUCCCCAUGAAAGACAGGCGUCCACUCGAGAAGAUUCUAAAGAAGAUGAGGCAGUAGAGGCAGCAAUGAUGACACCCCCCCCCCCCAAAAAAAACUCUAUCACUAUCCCUAUCGUUCUUUCUCUCUCCCUCUCUCUCCCCUCUCUCUCCCCACCCCCCCAACUCUAUCUCUCACCCUAUCUCUCUUUCUUACUCCCUCUCUCUUCCUAUCUCUCUCUCUCUCUUUCUCUCUUUCUCUCUCUCUCUCAACCCAACCGGUCAAGGCAGAUGGCCGCCCACUAUGAGCCCAGGUUCUGCUCAAGGUUUCUGCCUGUUAACAGGAAGUUUUUCCUUGCCGCUGUCGCCAAGUGCUUGCUCAUGGUGGGAGUUGUUGGGUCUCUCUUUGUAAAUACAACAAUAUAAAGAGUUCAAUGUAGACCUGCUCUUUAUGAAAAGUGCUGAGAUAACUUCUUUCAUGAGUCAGCACUACGUAAAUAAAACUUGAU